AUGGCCGCGGACUGGCUUGCCUAUGGGGGGAAUCCGCAUGCUGGGAGGAGCAAGAAUGCGGCCAGCGGAAAUACUGAAGUUGUACAUCAUCUUGAUCAUCAUCUAGUAGAAGUUCCAGAUCCAGUUGUAGUAGAAAAAGAUCAAAAUACCCGUCGCGUUCUUCGUAGAAGUGGGAAACUUUUAGUUGUGAAGAGAAACGCGCAUGAUCGAAAGAAGAAAAUUCCUAGAAGUGAAGAAAAUUACCACGCUGUUGCUUCUUCUCGCUGCAGCUGCACAUCACAAUUGCCGUCGCUGCUGCAUGGUGUUGCUCUACAACAGCCAUUCGCCUUCUCGCAGCUGCUUGCUGACAUCAAUCUGCUUCACACGCCAGCCAUCUCUACCACUUCUUUGCUGGUUUGCCCCAUGAAGUCACAUCACGAUCCCCGACUACCUCGUAGAUAUAGCGGAAGCCACUACUGA